GUGUUGGGAACGAGCUCGGUGUCGGCGCCUUCUGCUUGUGAAGGGACUCCCGGGACCAGUGCAUAGGGCGUUGGCAUGUCCAUGUGAGACUGUGACGAUGCACUUGAAUCCGCGCUUAUGUUCCUUUCGUAUGGACUUCCUGACGAUUGUAUGGCCAAGGAUGAAGAGGACACGAGGUCGGGGCGAUCACUUGAGGUGGAGUCAUUGUUGCCGGAGGAAGAAGGGGAUAGGGAUGGGGACGUGCUGCUGAGAUUCGAUGUCGAGACGGAACGACGACUGUUGGGGAAGGAUUGUGUAACCGGAGGAGGAAGGAGACUGCCUGGGACCUGGCUUGGGGCGAUGGUUAUGACUGUUCGCUUGACUGUUUCGGGUGCGCGUUCAUCCUGCAACGACUUUGAGUUCGCACUCAAAUUUGAAGGUUGUGGAUAUCGUAUUCGUCGAAAGAGGUGUAGGAUGAGUUGUAUGGCUCGGGCAGAGCGGAAGUGGGCGGAGGACAAGAAGCGUCUGAACCAAGUGAGGAGGCCGCGCAAGAGAGCGCGAAGAGACCGCGUCAUGGGGCGAAUAAACGGCGAUAGGGGCCAGCUGAUGCUGUAGAUGUCUGCUCAGGUCGACACAGAGCGUCUUCAUACACCCAUUCGUCCUCCAAAUGCGCUCCUGUGUUGUGCUGUGUGGCCUCGAGGGCGGGCGGGUUGGUGGUGGGGUGGAAGAGCGGAUUAUGGGCGCUUGUUUUUCUUGGGCACAUGCUGUGUCGGUGUAGGUCCAGUCUUUCACGGCUGUCGAAACGGAUGGCAGCGCUAAAAGCACAACAACCGUCCUUUCUUCCCUUCUACCACCCCCUUCCCUGACCUACCUUGCUAUCGAUACCCCCAAGCUGCCCACCAGGCGCCUUUCUGGACGCGAUACCCCCCUUCCUUUGAGCGGCUAGGGCCAAGAUGACGACUGCCACCAACGGAUAUACCAACGGCGAGAUGGAGCAGGUCACGGUGAAGAUACGACCGCUCGUGGACAAGGUUCUCGCUCGAUACCCAGAACAGUUCACAGUCUUUCGUGAGCUGUUGCAGAACGCAGACGACGCGAGGGCAACAAGUGCCAAGAUACACUUUCGGACGAAGGAGUACAAUGACGGAGCGGAAGCAAAUGGUCAUGGUCACAAGGUCGUCGACCUCACCACCCCUGUCCAUACAUGGGUUGUAAGCAACAAUGGAGCUGUUUUCGAACCCCAGGACUGGAGUCGCCUUCGGAAUAUCGCCGACGGAAACCCUGGGUCGGACAAGAUUGGCGCUUUUGGUGUCGGAUUCUUCACCGUGUUUGGGAUGACGAACGAGCCAAAGGUGUCCUCGGGAGAUAAGUGGCUUAGGAUGUUCUGGGAGGGCGAACAGCUACGGAUAGAGAAGGGCAAUUGCCCAUCCUAUUCCGAGUGGACCGAUAUCGAGAUGAUGCUUGAGACUCCCAAACCGGUGCCGGCACCCUUCGACCUCACUCGCUAUCUCAUUUCCUCCAUGACUUUCCUCUCGCAUAUCACGGAGAUUACUAUCCUCCUUGAUGACCAAAUACUCUCGCGCGUUACGUCGACCACAGCCGAGUCGUCAUCAGUUGACAUCCCGAGUCGCAUGACUAAGACCAGCAGGCGAGGGACGAUGGAAGUUCAGUCCGUGUCCGUGCGCAGACAAGACAUCAAAGCCGAGCUUAUGCAGGGCAUGUCGCAGACUAGCACCACGAUCAACAAGAAGUACAAGGCGGGCAAAAUUCAGCCUAAGAGCCGCACGGAGAAGAUACAAGCUUUCUUCGGAGGGAAGAAAGACAAGAAGGACGGCUCACCUGAGGGCUCCGCGCCCAGUCUCAUCGAGCCCUCCGUGUCUACCGGGAGUAACGGUGCUGUGAACGGGACGACGAACGGCACUGGGCUCACACUCGAAAUCGACGCGGGAAAGAAAGACGUAUAUACCGCUCAAUUUACCAAGUACUCGACCGACGUUCUCGUGACACCAUCGAAAGAGCUCACGGCGGGUCUCAAGAGGGCGACGAACAAGGAACCCGCCUCGGAACUGGAAUUCUGUAUGACCUAUUUCAGCAAAGAAGAGUUCGAAAAGCGGGAGGAGGAGAACGCUUCGUGCCCAACAGGCAGCGUUUUUCAAGGCCCCGCGGGUUUGUUCUCAAGCGCCGAUGGAGAGUUCGCCCCGCGCAUCUUUAUUGGCCAAGGCACGUUGCAGACGACCGGUUUUGGCGCCCAUUUCGGCAGCCGGUUCAUCCCGACCAUGGAGCGCGGCACCGUCGACCUCGUCAAUGAAGGACCGAAGGAGUGGAACGAAGAGCUUCUCUACGUUGGCGGCUUCCUUGCUCGGCUCGUCUACGAGACGGAGAUGAACAAGCUGAAGCACGCCUGGCCAACGGGCAAGGACGACCUCCCGCUCAAGAACGGCCAGGAGGUCGACCGGCUGUUUAAGCAGGGCGUCUACGUCACGCGCUUCUUCACGGGGCGCACCUCGACGCCCGAUGCCAAGAUCGCGGAUCACAUCAAGGACGCGUUCUUCCACUGCUCCACCACCGACGAGUUCCCCAUCCUCUCGACGCACGGCAUUCACAACAGUAUCAAGGUCCGGCACCCCGCCGACGAGUACUCCGCGUUCGUGAAGAACGUGCCGCUCACGGCGAAGGAGAUAGGGCCAGGCGAGUUGUCACUGCUCAAUGACCUGCCGGAGCACCUCCAGAUCAGAUCUAUGUCGUUCAAGGAUAUCAUCGAAGAGCUGAAGGGCCGUGCUUUGGCGUCGCAGGAGGUCACACCGUUCAUCCGGUGGUGGGUUAGCAUCUUCAUGGACUCCGCCAACACGCGCGACAAGCGAACGGCUGCACGCUACAAGCUGUUCGACGUAACCACUUUCACUAUUCCCGGGACGACCCCUCGAGGAGGUGGUGGUAGCGGAGGCGGCCUUGGUGGGUUCGGUGGCAGACUAGGAGGGCUGGGCGCUUUCAGCGACUUUGGCAUAGGAGGGUUCUCGGAAUACGGCGCGGACGGCUCCUCAGCAGGCACGGAGGACCGCGUCGUGCGCAUGUCGACGAUUAAGACCUUCAUUGAGCAGCGCGCCGCGGGCGCGAUAAGCACCUUCGGUACCUUCCUCGCCCCCGAAGACCCGCUGCCUGAAGACACCAUGCCGCGCAACUUCACCGGCAACAUCGACAGCGAGACCAUCUCGCACGCGUGCGGGUGGAAGCCGCUGACGUUCUACGAUUGGCUGGUCAACAUGGCGCGCGAUGACGCGGAGCCGUCACAGAGCAUCGUGCGUUCGCAGCAGCGCGCGGAGCGCAUGCUUUGGGUGCUCCGCAACACCUGGCCCGGGCUUGCUCACGAUCAGCAGGCGAAGGUGAAGGAUUUGUUGGGCGAGCUAGAGUGUAUUCCGACGAACAUGGGUAUGAAGAAGCCCGGCGAGGCGUAUUUCCCAGAGGCGGAUAUCUUCCACGAUGUCCCCGUCGUGAAGCUGCAAACUUUCGCGAAUAUCCAGCAGUUCAGGGCUGUCUUUACAGAGCUUGGGGUCCAGCGGCACCUCAACAUCGAAAUUUUGCUAAUAAGGUUGGGUGAGCACUCCGAUUGGAGCGUGGCAGACGUCGUGCGGUACCUCAUAUCCGCGACUUCGUCUGCGACGGAGGCUUCAAUGGAUGCCGAUAUUGGCAUCGCCAUUCUCCGGGACGCACCUGUGUUCUUCGCCGAGAACGAAAAGGACAAGCGCUACCCGCUGAACGAGCUCUUUGCGCCGCUUCAAGAAAACCGCAGGCUUGGUCUACCCAUCCUGAAAUGGUCGCAGGGGGGCUGGCUUGACGGCUCCAGCGAAACCAUGUUCCUGUAUAGGAACGGUCUGAACCAAGCCCCGACCUUGCGGAAGUGUAUCGAUCUACUGUCAGAUACGUCUCCCGCGCCGAUCCGGGAUCACGCACUUCUGUUCUUCACCCGGUUCCACGACCAACUGUACAGGAGCUACGACCCGGAAAACUUCAAGAACGUUCGAUAUCUCCCGGCCAAGAGGGGAGAAGUCGAAUGCGUCGCGUCUCCUCGCGAGGUCUUCAAUGAGAACGGAUGGGCGGACCUUGGCUUCUACUCUGUACAUGACAAGGCCAGAGCUCAUAUUGUUCGGCUCAAGAUCAAGGACCGUCCCACGCCCGAUUUGGUCGUCGCGAAGCUGCGUGACAAUCCACCGCCGGAUCGCAGGGCUGCUAGCCAUUGGUUCAAAUUUCUUGGUAGGCGUGGAGGCUUGUCGACGACCCACAUGGCUGAGCUCGCGGAGCUUGACAUUAUCCCGUUCGAAGUGGUCAAGGGGGAGAACGUAGAGCAGGAAGGAGAACAGGAAGGAGAACAGGAAGGCGUCCAGGAGGUCCCCGCUGAAGGAUCGUCGACUCCAGUUUCGGCAACGGAGCUCAAGUAUCUCAAACCCAAGGAGUGCUACUUGAAGGCGGAGAACAGUCCUGAAUUCUACAAGAAGAUCUUCCACUAUAUCGACCUCGGCGAGCAGGCGAACAAGUUUCUGCUUCAUUGCGGAGCCAAAGAGGAGCCGUCGUGCGAGGACAUAGUCCGAGCGCUGUUGAAAGAUCGCGAGCGGUUCUUCAAUGAGGCGGGUGGACCAAACCUGUAUCUCAAUGAGAUGCGCCAACUCUCGAUGAAGUAUAUGACGCUUCCUCGAGACCUCCGCGACCAGCUCCGCCAAGAACCGCUUUUCUUAUGUUACCGUCGUGGCCAAACCACUGAGACCAUGCAAGAUGGCGAAGAAGCCACAUUCGACUUCCGUCCUGCCGAGCAGAUCGUCAUUGCCGACGAUGCAGAGAGUUACCGUCUUUUCAAGCAAUUCAUCUACAUCGCACCCAAGGAGCCUCUCGUCGAAGAUUGCUACCGUUACUUUGGCGCCAAAGACAUGAGCUCGAUCGUGCGGCACGACGUGAUCACCUACAACGACAUUGAAUCGCGCCACACGGGCGACGUACACUCUCUUAUCCUCGAGCGGCUGCCUGUGUUUAUGAACGAGUGCCGCGAUCGCAAGCAACUCCUCAGGCCUGAUUGGCUCGCCAACCACGAGAACUUCUGCGUCAAAGCAUGUAAUUCACUCACUAUCGUCAAGAAGCUGGAUUUCAAGCACAUACACGAGGACGAGUUCACGCGCGAGUCGCAAAAAGAGAUUGUUGAGGAGCGGGCGACCGCCGGUAUGAAGCGAGUCAAGCGCACGGCCGAAGAUGAGGAGGAAAAGCUGGAUGCGCUCGAGCUGUGGUUGAAGGGCGGGGAGAGGCCCGACAUGUAUGAUGUUGCCGUUGCGCUGUGUCGAAUUGUUCUGGAGAACGCGAGGAUGCAGGACUCCUUGCUGCUCAUGACGUUGCUUGAUACCGAUAGGGAAACCCUACAGAGGCGUGGCUACGACAUCGACAAGUACAAGAACUUGCAGGACUUCUCGGUAGAGGAGGCGAAACGAGAACAAAACAAACCGCAGGAACCAGAGGAAGAUGAACCCGGUGACGAGUCGAGACCUGUGUUCGACGACUGGCGCCGGAAGUUCUUCCGUUUCAUGGGGCGUAACAAGAAGAAGAGAGGUGGUCCGCUCAAUGUUAAAACUCUUGAUGACGAGGCGCAAAAGGCCUUGGACGGGUGCACGCCCGAAGGCGAUGAGAAACUCAACAACAAGGAAAUGGGAAACGAGCCGAAAGAAAAGCAUGCGCCGGAUUACUGCAAGGGGCGCGAAUUCUCUCUCGACAAGUCAGUGGAGCUUAACGGCAUCACCGUCUACGAGCCUCCCUCCGGCAUCAACCUCCCCAGGGUAGCACUGCAUGAAUUCCUCGACAUGAUCCGGGACAUCAUGACGGAAGUCUACAAACAACCGUUGCGAAAGUUCCACGUGUUCUACGACAAGGAUCCCGAGCUUAUGGGAUUCAACCGCUCACAAGCUGUUUUCCUCAAUCUUGGCUAUUUCGAGACCCACCAUUACCGAAGAGAUAUGGCUCAAGCGCACAUCGUAUGGUACUUCGUCAUCGCUCACGAAGUUGCGCACAACAACGAGCCGUUCCACGACUCGAAUCAUGUCAGGCUUUUCUCGAAGAUCGCAGAGAUGAAAUUCCUUGAGCUCAACGCCCUGUUGGAGAAGAAGGGCCUUCUCACGAAGAAGUAGGGGAUGGGGCGUACUGCAUGCUAAAUUUUACUCACUCAUUUGGACUUUUUAUCUGUCGACUUUUUCCUGCUUUCUUGCUCUCAUCUUGCUUAGUGCCAUUGCUCUCGUUUACCAUUUCGGUCGCAUGUGUUACGGAUUUCAGUCUAUCAUCUCAUAUCGCCUCAUUAUGUUAUCAUAUCAUACUAUGUUCAUCUAUCUAGUAAUAAUC